GUUCUAAUGGCGUCAAGACCCAAGCACUGUUGUCACAUUUUGUCCUACAGUGUUUCAAUAUUUUGUUUUGUUUAUGUCGCUCAAGUUUUCCACGAAGGAGACGAAAAACCGACGCGGGCUUGCGCAGGUUGGUACGGAGAGGCAGAGAAAGUUAGCUUUUACAGAUGGCAAGGAAAUAAUUUUCGAGGAAAUUCUCUUCUAUCAAGAGCCAAGCCAGAUGAACAUGGAAGUGACAACGGAGGAGGCACAAGCGGUGCUGCUGGAGGGAAUGGAAGGUACGCAGUACAUCACCAUUCAGAGGGCAGACGGAGAACCUUUGAGCAAAAGCGUGCCUCUUCUGACACUUAAUGGCGAGCUGAUCUCCGAGGGAAUGGUGGUUGAUAUGAUCAACGCUGGUGUUGGCACCGACUACGGUGCAGCAACGCAAUAUUACGAGACCGAAGAUUUACUGCAACACGAUUUGACAGAGGAGGACAGGAGGCUGGCUGCGGCUUUGGUCGCCGUUCAACUGCAGCAACAACAAAAGCAGCAACACCUUCACAGUCAGUCGCAACACGACGACCCUACACUACCGGACGUUUCACAUCUGGAAACCCUGACGCCUGUGAACACCUACUCUAUACAAACGGUCCCGGAACCGAACGCCCCUCCUGUGUACCCGACGUUGCAGCCGUUCAAACGAAUCCCGCAUAACGUGAAACAGGAGUUCAUAAACGUGAAAAGCGAGUACGACGUGGACGUGUCGGCGGAGAGCAGCGAGGACGCGGCGCCGACCGCGGGGCCGAAGAGGUCGUUGCCGCACAAGAAGAGGAUACCGCGUAAACUGAAGCAACAGACGAAGAGAAGCUCGGCGAGGAAGGACAGCGGCAGGAUAAACGCAGACGCCAUGAACGGGAAUGGCGCUUCCGGCGAGAUACAGACUCACGUGUUCAAGUGCGAACUGUGCAGUUCUAGAUUUAGUAGUCAGUUGAAGUUUUUCGAGCAUCUGAAGGUACACUAUGAACCUGUCAAGCAGGAAACCAGGAUAGCACAAGCGACCAAUACUAACAUCACGAUAUCUGUGUCAGAGUCUGUUCAGAAUUUGGAAAACACAGUUAUCGAGGAAUUCAGCGAGCCUGAGGACCUCAUGGAGGGCAUCAGAGGUGUUGUGGAGGAGACAGGUGCGCACAUAGACGACGAAACAGAAUCCCCGUUGAACAACGAAUCCCCGUUGUGGACGAUUACCGAUGUCACGGAACAUGUACAUAGGGACCAUGUAAAACCGUCAGCUAUCAAUGAACACGGCAUGCACGACAAAGAUAAGUCUGACAUUCCACAAACAGCGAAGAAAAAGAAGAUACUGAAGGCUAGGAAGUCGAACGACGAAUUAACGUGCCCGCAAUGCGAUCGGUCGUUCCACCAUAAAAACAGUUUGGUGUACCACAUGCGAUCCCACAGUGGCGAACGACCUCACCAAUGCGAAGUCUGCGGGAAAAGUUUCUUUGCUGCCAGUGCGUUGAAGGUCCACAAGCGCCUCCACAGCGGUGACAAGCCGUACAAGUGCGAGGAAUGCGGCCGUCACUUCCGUCAGUGCGGGGAUCUGAAAUACCACUCGACCAGCAUCCAUUCGGAACAGAAACAGUACCAGUGCGAGUAUUGCGGCAAAGACUUCGCGCGCAAGUACUCACUGAUCGUUCACAGGAGAAUCCACACUGGCGAAAAGAAUUACCGCUGCGAGUACUGCAACAAAACGUUCAGGGCGAGCAGUUACUUGCAGAACCAUCGUCGCAUACACACCGGUGAGAAACCGCACCAGUGCGCUGUCUGUGGAAAGCCAUUCAGAGUGCGAAGCGACAUGAAGAGGCACAUGCACACGCACACGAGGGGAAGGUCUGAAAGAUCUAUGAACAGGGUGAAGACCGUGGAGGAAGUUGGUGACAAAGGCUCGCAAGCGAAGACCAUUCAGGAUCUUGUUCGCGAUUUGAAGCUCGAGGUGGAGGCUACAGGAGUCGUGGAGAUCAUCCCUCCCGACGAUAAUCCUGAGAGCAUCCUACCACACGCUGGUGGACCGACCCUCGAAUACACAGUGACAACGACUCCGGAUGCUAAUCUUGACAGAGAUCCAUUGAAGGCAGUUGUUCGUGCUGAGAACAUGUAAGUUUAUUCACUGUCUAAAAUGGUAGCAGCGUGGUUAUUCUAACUUGACCAUUUCGUGUUUCUUGCUCUUGCAGGCAGUAUUUCUUCAUCUAAUGUCUGCUGGAUUAUUCCCUGUAACAUUGAGGUUGAACCAUGACAGAUCUCUCGUGCACAAAGACGACGCCGGAGUCACCAUAGAUGCAAAUGACUGAAUCGAAGUGCUAUCAUCAACGCACUGCCUAUCGUAUUAACGUGGAUAAACAGUACUUUCCAGUUUCUCUGCCAGAAUUACUUUUUAAGGGAAAUGUUACGGACGUAAUGUUAAAAAAAUAUAUUAUUCUUAAGACUGUUCUUAGCAGAAGAACUCGGGAAGUACAUACAUAUGUAUGUAUAA